AUGAACCCCCCGGAGGGGCCCGCGGAGGAAGGGGGAGCGGCGGACUCGGACGUGGACGCCUUUUUCCGCACAGGAUCUUUCCGGAAUGAUGGUUUGAAAGCUUCUGAUGUCCUUCCUAUCCUAAAGGAAAAAGUGGCCUUCGUCUCUGGGGGCCGUGAUAAGCGAGGCGGACCCAUCCUGACCUUCCCUGCUCGCAGCAAUCAUGACAGAAUAAGACAGGAAGACCUACGGAAACUUGUGACCUAUUUGGCCAGUGUGCCAAGUGAGGACGUGUGCAAACGUGGCUUCACCGUCAUCAUCGACAUGCGGGGCUCCAAGUGGGACCUCAUUAAGCCCCUCCUUAAGACACUGCAGGAAGCCUUUCCAGCCGAGAUCCAUGUGGCCCUCAUUAUCAAACCCGACAAUUUCUGGCAGAAGCAGAAGACCAAUUUUGGCAGCUCCAAAUUCAUCUUUGAGACGAGCAUGGUGUCAGUGGAGGGUCUCACUAAGCUGGUGGACCCCUCCCAGCUGACAGAGGAAUUUGAUGGCUCCUUGGACUACAACCAUGAGGAGUGGAUUGAGCUGCGGCUCUCCCUGGAAGAGUUCUUCAACAGCGCUGUCCAUCUGCUCUCGCGCCUUGAGGACCUCCAGGAGAUGCUGGCCCGGAAAGAGUUCCCCGUUGACGUGGAGGGCUCUCGGCGGCUCAUCGAUGAGCACACGCAGCUGAAGAAAAAGGUGCUGAAGGCCCCUGUGGAGGAGCUGGACCGGGAAGGGCAGCGGCUGCUGCAGUGUAUUCGCUGCAGUGACGGCUUCUCGGGGCGCAACUGUAUUCCUGGCAGCGCAGACUUCCAGAGCUUAGUGCCCAAGAUCACCAGCCUGCUGGACAAACUACACUCCACCCGGCAACACCUGCACCAGAUGUGGCACGUGCGCAAACUCAAGCUAGACCAGUGCUUCCAGCUGCGGCUCUUUGAACAGGAUGCAGAGAAGAUGUUCGACUGGAUAAGUCACAACAAGGAAUUAUUCCUCCAGAGCCAUACAGAGAUCGGAGUCAGCUACCAGCAUGCCCUAGACCUCCAGACACAACACAAUCACUUUGCCAUGAAUUCCAUGAAUGCCUAUGUCAACAUCAAUCGCAUCAUGUCUGUGGCUUCCCGCCUCUCCGAGGCUGGCCAUUAUGCCUCACAGCAAAUCAAGCAGAUUUCCACACAGCUGGACCAGGAGUGGAAGAGUUUUGCAGCUGCUCUGGAUGAACGUAGUACCAUUCUGGCCAUGUCUGCAGUGUUCCACCAGAAGGCUGAACAGUUCCUUUCAGGAGUGGAUGCCUGGUGCAAGAUGUGCAGUGAAGGAGGCUUACCUUCCGAAAUGCAAGAUCUAGAACUAGCCAUCCACCACCACCAGACCUUGUAUGAGCAGGUGACCCAGGCUUACACAGAGGUCAGCCAGGAUGGCAAAGCCUUGCUGGAUGUGCUGCAGCGUCCCCUGAGCCCUGGGAACUCAGAGUCCCUCACAGCCACAGCAAACUACUCCAAGGCGGUACAUCAGGUGCUAGAUGUGGUGCAUGAAGUGCUGCAUCACCAGCGUCGACUUGAGAGCAUCUGGCAGCAUCGAAAGGUGCGGUUGCACCAGCGGUUGCAGCUCUGUGUCUUCCAGCAGGAUGUCCAGCAGGUGUUGGACUGGAUUGAAAACCAUGGUGAGGCCUUUCUCAGCAAACACACAGGAGUUGGGAAGUCCCUACAUCGAGCUCGGGCCCUACAGAAGAGACAUGAUGACUUUGAAGAAGUAGCUCAGAACACAUACACCAAUGCCGACAAGCUCCUAGAAGCAGCAGAGCAGCUGGCUCAGACUGGGGAAUGUGACCCUGAGGAGAUCUACAAGGCAGCUCGACACCUGGAGGUGCGCAUCCAAGACUUCGUGCGCAGAGUGGAGCAGCGGAAGCUUCUCCUGGACAUGUCUGUCUCCUUCCACACGCACACCAAAGAGUUGUGGACAUGGAUGGAAGAUCUGCAGAAAGAGAUGCUGGAGGAUGUCUGUGCAGACUCAGUGGAUGCAGUGCAGGAACUGAUCAAACAGUUCCAGCAGCAGCAAACUGCCACUCUGGAUGCCACACUCAAUGUCAUCAAGGAAGGCGAAGACCUUAUUCAGCAGCUCAGGUCAGCGCCUCCCUCCCUGGGGGAGCCCAGCGAGGCCAGGGACUCAGCUAUGUCCAACAACAAGACGCCGCACACUAGUUCCAUCAGCCAUAUAGAGUCAGUUCUGCAACAGCUUGAUGACGCCCAGGUGCAGAUGGAGGAGCUGUUUCAUGAGCGGAAAAUAAAGCUGGAUAUCUUCCUACAGCUGCGCAUCUUUGAGCAAUAUACCAUAGAGGUGACAGCAGAGCUUGAUGCCUGGAAUGAGGACCUGCUCCGACAGAUGAAUGAUUUCAACACAGAGGAUCUGACCCUGGCGGAGCAGCGACUGCAGCGCCAUACUGAACGGAAACUAGCCAUGAACAAUAUGACCUUUGAGGUCAUCCAGCAAGGUCAGGAUCUGCACCAAUACAUCAUGGAGGUCCAGGCCUCAGGAAUUGAGCUAAUAUGUGAGAAAGAUAUUGAUCUGGCAGCUCAGGUACAAGAGCUACUUGAGUUUCUUCAUGAGAAGCAGCAUGAAUUAGAACUCAAUGCAGAGCAGACCCAUAAGCGGCUUGAGCAGUGUCUGCAACUGCGGCACCUCCAGGCUGAGGUCAAACAGGUCCUGGGAUGGAUCCGCAAUGGCGAGUCAAUGCUCAAUGCCAGCUUGGUCAAUGCUAGUUCUUUGUCUGAAGCAGAGCAACUGCAGAGGGAACACGAACAGUUCCAACUGGCCAUCGAGUCCCUCUUUCAUGCCACUUCCUUGCAGAAGACGCACCAGAGCGCCCUGCAGGUACAGCAGAAAGCUGAGGCGCUUCUCCAGGCUGGACACUACGAUGCAGAUGCCAUUCGAGAAUGUGCUGAAAAGGUGGCUCUUCACUGGCAGCAGCUCAUGCUCAAGAUGGAAGAUAGGCUAAAACUGGUCAAUGCUUCUGUGGCCUUCUACAAAACUUCAGAACAGGUCUGUAGUGUUCUGGAGAGCUUAGAACAAGAAUACAGGCGAGAUGAGGACUGGUGUGGUGGACGAGACAAAUUGGGGCCAGCAGCAGAGAUUGACCACGUCAUUCCACUCAUCAGUAAACAUCUGGAACAAAAGGAGGCUUUUCUUAAGGCCUGCACCCUGGCACGGCGGAAUGCUGAAGUAUUUCUCAAGUACAUCCACAGAAAUAAUGUCAGCAUGCCCAGUGCUGCCAGCCACACCCGUGGGCCAGAGCAGCAAGUAAAAGCCAUCUUGAGUGAGCUCUUACAGAGGGAAAAUCGAGUCCUACAUUUCUGGACCUUGAAGAAGCGGCGGUUAGACCAAUGCCAGCAAUAUGUGGUAUUUGAGCGCAGUGCUAAGCAGGCACUGGACUGGAUCCAAGAAACAGGUGAAUUUUACCUUUCAACACAUACCUCCACUGGAGAGACCACCGAGGAGACUCAGGAACUGCUGAAAGAAUAUGGGGAGUUCAGGGUACCUGCCAAGCAAACAAAGGAGAAGGUGAAGCUCUUGAUUCAGCUGGCUGACAGCUUUGUAGAAAAAGGCCACAUUCAUGCCACAGAGAUCAGGAAAUGGGUAACCACAGUAGACAAGCAUUACAGAGACUUCUCCUUGCGGAUGGGAAAAUACCGGUAUUCCCUGGAAAAAGCCCUGGGAGUCAACACAGAGGACAACAAAGACUUAGAGUUGGACAUCAUCCCAGCAAGCCUUUCAGAUAGGGAAGUCAAGCUACGGGAUGCCAGCCAUGAGGUCAAUGAAGAGAAGAGGAAGUCAGCCCGGAAGAAAGAAUUCAUUAUGGCUGAAUUGCUUCAGACAGAAAAGGCUUAUGUAAGGGACUUGCAUGAGUGUUUGGAGACCUAUCUUUGGGAAAUGACCAGUGGUGUGGAGGAGAUCCCCCCUGGGAUCCUAAAUAAAGAACAUAUCAUCUUUGGCAACAUCCAGGAGAUCUACGAUUUUCAUAACAACAUCUUCCUCAAAGAGCUGGAGAAGUAUGAGCAGCUUCCUGAGGAUGUGGGACACUGCUUUGUUACCUGGGCAGACAAAUUUCAGAUGUAUGUUACCUACUGUAAAAACAAGCCUGAUUCCAACCAGCUGAUCUUGGAACACGCAGGCACUUUCUUUGAUGAGAUCCAGCAGCGGCAUGGUCUGGCCAACUCCAUCUCUUCCUAUCUAAUUAAGCCUGUUCAGAGGAUCACCAAGUAUCAACUGCUCCUGAAGGAACUUUUAACUUGCUGUGAAGAAGGGAAAGGGGAGCUCAAGGAUGGCCUGGAGGUGAUGCUCAGUGUCCCAAAGAAAGCCAAUGAUGCCAUGCAUGUCAGCAUGUUGGAAGGGUUUGAUGAGAACCUGGAUGUGCAGGGAGAGCUGAUUCUCCAGGAUGCCUUUCAAGUGUGGGACCCGAAGUCACUCAUUCGAAAGGGGCGGGAGCGACAUUUGUUCCUCUUUGAGAUCUCCUUGGUUUUUAGCAAAGAGAUCAAAGACUCUUCAGGACACACGAAAUAUGUUUACAAGAACAAGCUACUGACCUCAGAGCUGGGUGUUACUGAGCACGUAGAGGGCGAUCCCUGCAAAUUUGCCUUGUGGUCUGGGCGCACCCCAUCCUCAGACAAUAAAACAGUGCUGAAAGCCUCCAACAUAGAAACUAAGCAGGAGUGGAUCAAGAACAUACGAGAGGUGAUUCAAGAAAGAAUCAUUCACCUGAAAGGAGCUUUAAAGGAACCAAUUCAGCUCCCCAAAACACCAGCCAAACAGAGGAACAAUAGUAAGAGGGAUGGAGUGGAGGAGAUUGACAGCCAAGGGGAUGGUAGCAGCCAGCCAGACACUAUUUCCAUUGCCUCUAGAACUUCCCAGAACACAGUGGACAGUGACAAGGAUGGCAACCUUGCUCCUCGGUGGCACCUGGGACCUGGAGAUCCUUUCUCCACUUACGUUUAGCGCGCAACCAGGGACUUGUCCCUGCAGCUCACCCGGUUGAGACCUCCCAUCUGGACUCCCACCACCCACCUCUCUUGAGACUGCUCUGGCAGGGCUGAUCUGGGUUACAGCCUUUGCUCAGAGGGCAACAUGUUCCAAGCAAAAUCUGCCUACUGGGCCAUGGGCCUCCCCCUGGGGGCUCCCUACUUCUCUGCUGGUUGCAAGCUUUUCUCCAAAGUCUAAUAUGAUGGAAUAGAAGGGACCUGUGAGAGGCUCAUGACCCAAUUCACUUCUCUGAAGCCCUGUCUGAAUACCAGAUCCCCCACCCCACCCCACCCCAACCCUACCCUUGAUGCUCUAAAGUCCACCAUGUAAGUGGAAAGAAAGAUCAUUAGAGGGAUGUUCUUGUCUUUGGAAAUUUUCCCCCAGGUUGAAAGUUUCUAUUGUCUGUGGCCCCUAGUCUGGACCAUCCUUCUGAUCUAACUUACCUCCUUCUCAUGAUCAAGAGGGAGGCAGACAAGUUAUGGGUAUGACUUAUGGAAGUGAGGGUUCACUAUAGUUGUUCCCAUAUACUGGCAACCUUCACUUCCCCAAUACAUGUUCUCUCUGCAGGUUUUGCCAGGAUUUUCUAAUUACUCCCUAAACCUCACUUGCUCCUGAAGUCUCUGGAUGAAAGACCACCUCCCAGCUAAAUUAGCUUCCAAAUUAGCUUGUGGGGGAGAGGGUGGGAGGAAUGUAAACAAAAAACUGGCUACACAUUGCAAAUUGUUGAGACCAGAUGAUGGGUAUGUGGACUUUCAUUAUGCCAUUCUCUCUACUUUUGUAUAUGUUUGCAAUUUUUUUCAUAAUAAAAGGUUAAAAAAUAAAAAAAGGUCCUCCCAUUUCCAAGAUACUCAGGAGAGAGCCCUGUCCUUGAUACACUUUCAUGGAAAUCCCACCCCAAAGCAAGAUACAAAGAUGAUUUACUCUAUAUAAAUAUAUUAAUUUUCUAAUUUUUUAAGGCCCACUCCUUUAUUUUCGAUAAACGAAACCUUAUUUCUAAGAGUUCCCAAAUUUGGGCUGACUUCUCCCAGCUGGAUUAGGGGGGAGGGCUGGCUAAAGGGGUUCCUUAAGUUUUGAAAGUUUACACUUCAUGUACCUCACAAUCUGAUUGUGAGGAUGGGACUUGUUCAGUGUUCUGAACUUUGCAAAGGCUGCGCACUCUAGAUGCAGAGUGCCAUUUUGGGGAAUUGUACCUGGCUCAGGAAAGGACUGUCUUUGUACUUGAAUUUAAAUCCAAUGGAGAACUUAAUAUGGGCAUUUGCAUGACUGAGAAUUGCUGCUGUCUCCCCCCUAACCCCCGUAUGUCACUUUCUUGAAUGUGUUCUAAUAAAAUGAUUCUGAAGCAGGC